AUGAGCAGCGAAUCAAAAGGCAGCACGCCAGGAUCAUUUAGCCCACACAAUAAUCUAACCAGAGUCAACACCUUUCCUCACGCCGAAUUUACGAUCCCGCCAUCGGACACACUCUCACCAUGCCCAAGUGCCCAAACUCACAACGCCGAUGCCCCGGCAUCGGCCAGCUUCAGGGCGAAUCGCCCAAGCAACACUGCAACUGGAGAUGAAAAAGCUCACCGACCUCUUGAUGAGGAAUCUCGAUCAACCACAUCUGUCGCCAAUGACGAAGUGACGUACCCGGAAGGCGGCCUAGGUGCCUGGUCUGUUGUUCUGGGAUCAUUCCUCGGGCUCAUCGCCUCGCUGGGUAUGAUGAACACAGUCGGUAUUUACCACGCCUACAUCGCCGAGCACUACCUCGCGGACUAUUCCGAGUCGACCGUCUCAUGGAUCUUCAGCAUGUACGUCUUUUUGUCGUUCUUCUGCGGACUACAGAUCGGCCCCAUCUUUGAUGCCCAUGGUCCGCGGUUGUUAGUAUUGGCAGGUAGCAUCUUGCUCUGCCUGUCGAACUUUCUGCUCGGCUUGUGCACGCUGUACUGGCACUUCUUCCUCGUUUUCGGCGUGCUUGGGGGUCUCGGUACGUCCUUGAUCUUCACGCCCGCCUUCGCAGCAGUCAGUCACUUCUUUCUGCAAAAGCGCGGCAAUGCAACAGGUAUUGCCGCCGCUGGAGGAUCGCUAGGCGGAGUAAUAUUCCCGCUGGCUUUGGAGAAACUGAUACCUAGCGUGGGCUUUCCAUGGGCGACUCGCAUCAUCGGCUUCAUCACGCUGUUUUGUUGCAUUGGUGCCUGCUUCCUCAUUCGCUCUCGCCUACCACCCAAAGCUGGACAGUCAGUAUGGCCCGAUUUCCGGAUCUUCCGCCAUAAGAGCUAUUUCCUUCUCACGGUUGGCAUCUUCAUGAUGGAAUGGGCACUCUUCAUUCCGAUCACGUACCUUACCACCUUCGCGAUCAGCACAGGCGCCUUCAACGCAUCCUUCUCGUACCAACUCAUCGCCAUCUUCAACGCGGGAAGUUGUCUCGGUCGCUGGGUCCCAGGCUUCCUAGCCGACAAGCUCGGGCGUUUCAACAGCAUGAUAGCCGCGCUAGCAGUCUGCUCAGCUACAUCUCUAGUUUUCUGGCUUCCCGCGUCGCUCCUCACUCCGACCACCGAAGCCGAAGCUACUGCCAUCAAAGCGCUCUCCAUUGUCUACGCGGUCAUUUUCGGUUUUGCUUCCGGCUCUAAUAUCUCUUUGACGCCGGUUUGUGUAGGCCAGCUUUGCGAUACCAACGUCUAUGGUAGAUACUACGCUACGUGCUAUACUGUUGUCAGCUUCAGUACGCUUACCGGUAUCCCCAUCGCGGGUGCUAUCAUUCAGGCUACAGGUGGACACUACUGGGGUGUGGUUAUUUGGACUGCAGCUUGCUAUAUAGUGUCUUCACUCUGCUUCGUGUGGAGUCGUGCGCUUCAAGUGGGUUGGAAGUUGGGCGUGAAGUUUUGA